CCCAAUAUGGCAGAGUAUUAUAUUUAAGGGGCCUCACCCUAUUUAAUGACAUUUCAAAGUUAGGGUUUCAUCUCUUUCCUCAGAUUUGUUGAGGUAGUCUCUUCCCACAAAGGCUUAUAUAUAUUAUCAUCAAGCAAUGGCUGUUGCAUUCCACAACCUCAACUCUGACUCUGGCCUUAAGAAGCUUGAUGAGUACCUCCUGGCCCGCAGUUACAUCACUGGGUACCAAGCCUCAAAGGAUGAUAUCACUGUGUAUUCAUAUCUAGCAAAAGCCCCAUCAGCUGAAUAUGUUAAUGCAUCUAGGUGGUAUAAGCACAUUGAUGCACUUCUGAGAAUCUCAGGUGUAUCCGGUGAAGGCGCUGGUGUUAUUGUAGAGGGGUCUGCACCCAUCACUGAGGCUGUGGCAACUCCCCCUGCUGCUGACAGUAAGGCCUCAGCUGCUGAAGAAGAAGAUGACGAUGAUGACGUUGACCUAUUUGGUGAGGAAACUGAAGAGGAAAAGAAGGCUGCUGAAGAACGUGCUGCAGCAUUGAAGGCUUCAGGGAAGAAGAAAGAAUCUGGCAAGUCCUCAGUUCUCAUGGAUGUCAAGCCAUGGGAUGAUGAGACCGAUAUGAAAAAGCUUGAAGAAGCUGUUCGAAGUGUUCAGUUGGAAGGAUUGACUUUUGGAGCAUCUAAACUUGUUCCUGUUGGAUAUGGCAUAAAGAAGCUGCAAAUUAUGCUUACCAUUGUGGAUGAUUUGGUCUCUGUGGAUGAUCUCAUUGAGAAUUAUCUGACGGUUGAACCUAUCAAUGAGUAUGUUCAGAGCUGUGACAUUGUUGCUUUCAACAAAAUAUGAAUUCUGUUACUCUGAAGUUUUGAUGGAAAUGGGUGGCGAUCAGUAGACUCUCUUGUCAAAAGGGUGUACCUCUAAUAAUGCAUCUAUUUUUCUCCUUGUUUGGAAGAAUAUUUACUUGUAUGAGUAUCAGUUUUGAAAAGACUUCACUUUGCUGUCUCUGGCUCCCUUCAUUAACCUUAACAGUUUUAUAUUUACUUGUAUUGUUGCAUGCAUUACUGCUAUGCUAUUUGUCGUGCAUUGCAAUAUAUUUCUUUCAUGUUCA